AUGUCCGACGUUCAGAAGACUGUUGAGGAGACCCCCGCGGUCGUCCCUGCCGUCCCUGCCGCUGAGCCCGUUGCUGAGGUUGCGGCCACCGAGCCUGCAGUUGAGGCCCCCAAGGAGACUGAGGCCACCGAGACCGCGGAGACCACCGCUACUCCCGCCGUUGAGACCACCGAGGCUGCUGAGACCGUCGAGGAGGAGGUCAAGCUCGCCACCGAGGGCAUCCUCGGCUACAAGGCCCCUGGUCUUGUCAAGGGCUUCCGUUUCGCCAAGCGCUUCUUCUACUUCAGCGCCGAGCCUGUUGAGAGCAAGCAGUUGACCGUCUUCCACCAGAACGAGAAGGCUGCUACUGCCAACCCCAUCGCCGCCUGGGCCAGCCAGACCGGCAAGGGCCUCCUUUUCCUCACCAAGCGCGCUGAGGACAAGGCCACCCCGGCUCACAUCUUCAACCUCGCCGAGGUCUCUGAUGUGACCAAGGAGGGCUCCAACGAGUUCCUCUUCAAGGUUGGUGGCCAGAAGCACACCUUCCAGGCCUCCAGCGCCGCUGAGCGCGACAGCUGGGUUGCUGCCAUCGAGGCCCAGGCCACCGAGGCCAAGGCCGAGAAGGAGACCAUCACCUCCAGCGAGGGCUACAAGGCUGAGCUCGAGAAGCUGACCAAGCCCGUCGUCGCUGUCCCCGCUGUUGUUAAGAAGACCGAGGAGAAGAAGGAGGAGACCCCCGCCGAGGCUGCCGAGCCCACCACUGAGGAACCCAAGGAGGAGAAGAAGGAGGAGAAGGCUGCUGCUAAGAGCCGCUCCCAGUCCCGCAAGCGCGGUAGCAUCUUCGGUUCUCUCCUCGGAAAGAAGGACGCCGAGGAGAAGAAGGAGGAGGCUCCUGCCACCCAGGAGCCCGCCGCCGAGGCUGCUGUUGAGGGUGCUGCCCCCAUCGCUGCCGCCGAGACCACCGAGACUGCCGUUGCUCCCGCCGAGGUCGCCGAGCCUACCGCCGCCGCCGAGACCCCCGCUGAGGCCACCGAGACUCCGGCUGAGGCCCCCAAGGAGGCCGCUAAGGAGGAUGCCAAGGAUGAGAAGAAGGAAGAGAAGAAGUCCAAGCGUGCUUCCAUCUUCGGCAACUUCUUCCAGAAGGUUGCCAGCCCCUCCCAGGAGAAGUCCGAGAAGGAGGCCGCCGCCCCUGCUGCUGAGGAGACUGCUGUCUCCAGCACCGCCCCUCAGCUCGAGAACCCAGUCGAGGAGGCCGCUGUCAAGCCCAUUGAGCCUGAGAGCGUGACCGCCCCUGCCGCGGCCGAGGAGACCACUCCCGCUGAGACCCCCGUCGCUGAGACUGUCACCACCCCCAAGGAGAAGCGUCGCACUUCUUUCUUCGGUAGCCUUGUCAAGAAGGAGAAGAAGGCUGAGUCCUCCGAUAACGAGGUCACCGACGGUGAGACCAAGGACACCAAGGCCAAGUCCAACAAGCUCGGCGGUCUUUUCCGCAAGAACAGCAAGGCCGUCAAGCUCGACAAGGAGGAGGUUGCCGCCGCUGAGACUGAGGCCAAGGCCGAUGCUGCCGCCGAGGAGGCCCCCGCCGUCCCCGCCAAGGAGACCGCCACCGAGGAAGCUCCCGUCGUCGUCGAGGAGACACCCAAGCCCGUUGAGGCUGCCACCGAGGAGACCAACAACGUCAACGUCCCCGCUGCCACCCCCGUCCAGGCUGCCGCAUGA